AUGCCACAACGUUCACCAUUUGCCAUACAAGAACUUCUGGGACUGAACAGUACAAAAGCCGCAGCUGCAGCAGCUGUAGUAGCAAUGGCAAAACAAAAGGAGCAGGCGAAUAAAAGUGAAAACUCCAGCAAGGAUCAACAGGCCCUAGCAGCAAUAAAUGGUAAAUGCAUCCCAAGUCCAGCAGCAAUAAAUUGCAAACAAAUAACGUUGGUAGCUCCGCAACAUGACAACGAAGAAGAGUUUAAGGUAACCAGUGAAUCUCCAGCAACGGCAACAAUUAAAAUUUCCUCCAAUUUAUAUAAUGCAACGGCAACUAAUGCAACAACAACAUCAUCCACAACAACGGUAACAGAUAUUGCAACAACGCCAAAUUCAAUAUCACCUUCAACAAAUUCAAUUUCAUCGGCAAAUUCCUCUUUAUCUUCUUAUAAUGAGGAAACCGAUAAGAGACGUCAGCAACAGCAGCAGCAACAGCAACAUCAAUUGUCUAUGGCUGCUGCCUCUAGAAUGGCUUAUUUUAAUGCUCAUGCUGCUGUAGCAGCAGCAUUUUUACCACAUCAUUUAACCUCACACUCAACUCACAACCAACAGAUGCAACAACACACUGCUGCACAUACUCUACCACCAACUCAUCACCAUCAUCAUCAUCCACAUCAUUAUCAACCAACACAUUUACAACAACAACAACAGCAGCAUCAUCAGCAACAACAACAUUUGCAAGUAACACAAUCACAAGUUGCCGCUGCCCAUCAUCACAUGUUGCAUGGCCAGGGUUUUUCUCAAUUGAAGAACUUUCAAGCUACCGGAGGUUGUUUGCCGGGUUCUCUUGCCGGCAAAGAUUUCACCUUGGAUGGUCUCAACGGCUUCGGCAACAAAAAGAAAAAGAAGAAACGACGACACAGUCGUACAAUAUUCACUAGCUAUCAAUUGGAGAAGCUGGAAGAAGCUUUUAAGGAGGCUCACUAUCCAGAUGUGUAUGCACGUGAAAUGUUAUCAUUGAAAACAGAACUACCUGAGGAUCGUAUACAAGUUUGGUUUCAAAAUCGCCGCGCCAAAUGGCGUAAAACGGAAAAAUGCUGGGGCCGCAGCACAAUUAUGGCUGAGUAUGGCUUAUAUGGUGCCAUGGUUAGACAUUCGUUGCCUUUGCCGGAAACUAUUUUGAAGUCGGCUAAAGAAAAUGAAUCUGUAGCACCCUGGCUACUAGGUAUGGAUAAUAAAAGUAUGCAUCGUAAGUCAGUUGAGGCCCAGCAUACACUUAAUAACGAUUCGGGUGUUAGUGAUCAGGAGGAGGGUGAAUUGGAAUCGAGUGGCUCCAAAUCUACAGAUGAAUUACUGCAGCAACGUCAGUUAUCUUCAUCGUGUGAAUCCCUAAAUGUUGUAAGCCCCACUCUUACACCACCCUCAGCUUUGACAAAUCUUCAGCAUUCUUUAUCCUCUCCUGCUUCAACACCCACCGCCACUUCGACAUCGUCGGCUUCACCUCAUAUUGAUUUGAGUUCACCCUCUCCCAGUACCCAACAAAUGCAGCAGUACUUCUCCAAUUCAUCUCCACAACAACAAUAUACAGCAACUCAGAGUGUUAACCAUUUGCCUCCACCAGCGGCUUUAUCCACUCACGCCGCUUCCACACUUAUGCCUUCGGCAACAGCAGCUGCUGUGCCACCACCUCCACCCUCCUAUCAUCCUUUGCUGGAUGCUGCUAAUGCUAGUGCAUGUGCUGGAGCCGCCAGUACCAAAGAUUUUCAUAUGAUUAUGAAUACAGCGGUGGCAGCGGCUGCAGCUGUGGCCGCUCAUACUAGUGCUGGAGAUUUAUAUGGCUCCGGAUUGGUACAGGAUCCCGAUACAUUUAGAAACAAUUCCAUUGCUUGCCUGCGAGCCAAAGCUCAGGAACACCAGGCUCGUCUAUUAAACAGUGGCCUAUUUCUACAGGUUCGCUCUUUUGCUGAUCUACAACAACGACAUCAACAACAACAACAGCAGCAACAACAUCAUCUGAAUAAAAUGAACAACAACAAUUUGCCAAACAAUAAGAAUUGUAAUGUCAAAUCAAUGAGUAGACUGCAAACAGAAAAAAUGCUUCAAGAUGAUGCGGCGAUCAUCAACAAAGACGAAACCAAAAAUGAAAUUUAA